AUGCUUGGAAGACUUCUUAGAAAAGGUUCUAGUUCUUCCUUAUAUGCCAACAACCAGCCCUCUUCGAACCAGGAGAUUCCUAAUAACGCUGGGUUGGCCCCGGGUAACGGCGUGGUGAAUAAUGGCAAUUCUUUUGAAGAUGGUUAUACUCGUGAGACCCUUUAUGGAACCUCCGAUUCUCGGUCUUUGGUUCCUGUCCAGUUUGACAGAACAGCGUUCCGGGUCAUAGUGUCUCAGGACGGCGGGAAUCUUCGUUCAAAACAGGUUCUUUACGACUCAGCGUACAAUGGAACUCCGAUUGCUCGCAACCAAAAAUCGAAACUACACCACCAUGCCGCGGAGCUACACGACUACAUAUUUGGGUGUGGAAUUCCGGCAAACGAAUCUCACUUUUCAUCCAAACUCCACAUCCUUCCCUCACCUCACAACAAGUUUAAUGAUACCCAAUACUCUGUGCUCGUUUCCAAGUUAUUUUCCCUCACCGAUCUCGCUGACGAAGACACCUAUUCGACUCCCUCGUGGCGCCCACAACUGGCCCUAGAUACCGACAAGGCUAACACUUUACAUGCUAGCUUGCCAUCCUUUGAUUAUAAGCCCACAUCAAAAUCACACAACCUCAUCCACAGCCGGUUCGCCGUGGCCUUCAUCAUACCCAUCGAAUCACUCGAUAACUUGACCACGGUGGUGUUGAACAACUGGGAAGAAAUCUGCCAUUUUCUGAUUAUUCUCCAGCGUUUAGUCAGCAAAAAACUAGUGACGCUUCUCAAUAAUGCUGUUCGUGAUGAAGUGUCUGAUUGCGAUGCUUCACCCUACAUCACCAACAAACGGAUCCAGUUCCCGGAUCUCGUGCUCCAACAAGACUCAGACGUUGCUUUGCAAAUCAAGAAACUCGUCCGCUUGGUACAUUAUAACACCAAUGUUCCUCGGCUAGCCAGCACUAACCUGUUGAUACGUUUCAGCGCCGCAAGCGGCUCCACGUCUUUCCAUCCCAUCAUCAUAAAUUGGGCUAUCGAGCUCACCAACUGGCUAGAAUUCAAGGAUGGUAAAAACAUACAACUGACGAAUGCACUUUCAUCCAAUACCCAAUUUCUUCACAACGACGAUGUGAUGAUGAGUAGCACUUUUCUUGCAUCGUUAUUUGCUACCGUUUUGCCCUUCCGGAAACUGUUAGGUAUGAAACCUUUGGAAAAGGGUCCCGAUAGACACCACCGCGACGUUACCAGAGUUGUAAUAAUGACCGGCAAUCCGGUUGUUGCCAAAAAACUCGUAUUUAUUCUCAAUGGACUCAUACCCGACAAUCGCAUCAGCGUCGAAUUGACCCAUUGCAAGGACGUAUCUGCCUUGAAAGACACUGCAGAACCGUGCGUUAGAGAACACCAUAAUGAACCUUUAAGAGCCCCACGAAACUAUUAUUUAUCACCUUCACCCACUGAAGAAGUAGUGAGCAGUUCCUUCGGAUCGACGCCCACAAAAAACAAAGUUCAGGCAAUGCCUAUUCCUAUAAAAUCAGCACCGAUUUCCACGGCCAACAGUUCCGACAAUUCUGCUCAUUCUCUUAGUCGCUCGGCGACUUCCAGAGGGUGGGAGAUUCCCCAUAAAUCGUGUGCGAGCACCUCCACUACUCCACUCAAAUCAAAAGUCGACACAACCACCAACACUAUACCCAUAAAGGCUACAAAGGGGACUGGAAAUAACCUGGAAUCACGAAGAUCGCUUUCACGUUCCACGUCCAUGGCAUACCUUUCUUCUUCACUCAGCUCGACUCUUUCGUCGUCGGCAUCGAAUUACUCGCUUUCAAAGCUUGGAGGCAGUUUUCUCGACAUGUGGAAAGGAGCACAACCAGGACACAUGGGGUCUUACUUUGAUCAUCAUCCGCCAGAGUUCGAACCCCAUAUUACUGGUGGUUCUUUGUCAAAGAGAAACUCGGUCCAGUACAUGCGGACCCCGUCGCCGGCUGUCGAGCACGACGAGUUCAAUUGGCAUCCCCAACCGCCCAACAGAUCGAACCGAAAACCUGCCAAUAUCGACACCAAGCAUGUUGAAAAUGGCUAUGAACUUAUCAGGUCCACCACGGGCAUUUAUCCAACGUAUAAGGUUCGUGGGAAGACACUACUGCACAAUAUUCCACAAAUGAUCAACGAAGCAAGAAUUAGGGCCAAGUGCAGCAAAAUCAUGAAUUCAAAGCUCCUGGUAUCGUCAUAUUCGAGUAACACACUCAGUAUCAGUGAUGGAGAUGAAGACGAUAGUCUUGGUGGAGAUGACCAAUCGACAAUAACUUCGCUUUCUGAUGUUUCGGACCGCAUAGCUCACAGUGUACCCCUCUUGCCUGUGGCUGCGUUUUCCGACGAGUUUUGGCCCGAGUUUGUGCUCCAAUCUUGUCCACUUAGUCCUAAGCUAGAGAGCCAGAUCACCACUGCCAUGAAGAACGACCUUUUGUUUUUCAAGAAUAGUUGUGGGUACAACGAUGUAAGCUCGCGUACAAUCUUGGUAAGUCUUCGUGCCAAGGAAAUCAAGCUCUUUGAGAUGAAAACCGUGCCUGGGGACGAAGGAGGAGAUAAUACUGCUACUGCGUACAAGUCGUCAGUUAGGCGAGUUUUCACUCCACAGAAAAAUCACGGCGACAAAGAACUUAUUGCGAAAGUCGAGGCCAGGUUCGAUCGGGUGACGCAAUGUCUACAGGCAUACAUGAGCAAGAAAGACAGUGAUCCGCAAGACCUCAUACAAGUGGUUCUACUGCUUAUAGAUAUAUAG